AUGGCGAAGCCAGAGAGUAUUAGCAGAGGCUCAAGGUGGUCCCUCGCCGGAUUCACAGCUCUAGUCACUGGUGGAACGCGUGGAAUCGGACAUGCUGUAGUGGAGGAACUGGCUGAGUUUGGUGCUACAGUGUAUACUUGUUCUAGGAAUGAACAAGAGCUUAAUAAAUGCUUAAAAGAGUGGAAAGGUAAGGGUUUUUCGGUUCAUGGAUCGGUCUGUGACGCGUCGUAUUCUUCUCAAAGAGAGGAGCUUAUUCGACAAGUGGCUUCUGCCUUCAACGGCAAGCUCAACAUACUUGUAAACAAUGUUGGAACAAAUGUGAGGAAGCCAACAAUUGAGUAUACAACAGAAGAUUAUUCGAAAGUGAUGACUACUAACUUGGAUUCUGCUUACCAUCUAUGCCAACUCGCAUAUCCUCUUCUUAAAGAAUCUGGAAAUGGAAGCAUUGUGUUUGUUUCCUCGGUUGCAUCUCUCACAAGUGUAGGUUCGGGAACCAUUUAUGCAGCGAGUAAAGCUGCAAUCAAUCAGCUGACAAAAAGUCUUGCUUGUGAAUGGGCGAAAGAUAACAUAAGGAGCAACGGUGUUGCACCUUGGUAUACAAAAACAUCACUUGUGGAACAUUUGAUUGCUAAGGAAGAGUUUGUGAAUGAAGUACUAUCUCGAACACCGAUAAAGCGGAUAGCAGAAGCACAUGAAGUGUCUUCCUUGGUCACUUUCCUUUGCCUACCAGCUGCUUCCUACAUCACUGGACAGAUUGUUUCUGUUGAUGGAGGAUUUACUGUGAAUGGAUUUCAACCCAGCAUGAGGAUUACCUAA